AUGUUAGCUAAAUCAGAAUUGAAUUUAGAAGAAAAAAAUUUUUCUAUACGAAGAGCAAUCCUUGAAUUGAAAUCUGAAAUUGAUGAUAGUGAAAAGAAAUCGAUACAUAUUUUAGUUAAAUGA